AAAAAAUACUUUGUAAGUCAGCAUGUUCCAGGAGCUGCUAUGGAAAAUAUUUAUUUAUUCUGGAAUUAAAUAUGGAGCCUUCAGGAAAAUCAACCAAGUUCACGGCGGACGUUCGUCGCCAAAGUCUUAUGCGAGCGCAACUAAAAAGCAACAUUGGCAAAUAUUUUCUUCCUACGAGGUACAACCGUCUUCCGUUUGGAUUAUUCGGGAAUGUUCAUAUAGGACGGAUACAAAACCAUUGAGACUGUGCCACUGUGAAAUGGGCGUUGGUGGCGUGAGGGACCGGAUCCAGUAUAUUUUUGGCAAAAAUAUUCUAUAUACGGUUUGGCAAGUUCUGGUUUAUAACUAA